CAGCAUGAUGGCCAGCGGAUAAAAUGCAUGGAAUAUAUUUUUACCACAUCAAUUUUUUGGACAUAUUAAUGUCAUUAUAAUGAUGAUUCCUGCCUCCUCCCCAAUUAUUUGCCUUGAACCUGGAAGGUGCUGCAGCAGAGAUGCUCUCUGAUUAACUUUCUGGAUAUCUUUGGCUUCUCCUACACAACUGUAAUGGGAGGAGAAGCAGAGGAGAGAGAGGCUUCUGGCCAUUCCGAAAGGAGGAAACCCAAAGAAGAAGCAGAAGAGAGUGAGAAGGAGAUGGAGGAAGAGGGCAGAAGUAUGCAGAUCCCAAUGUUUCGCUGGGUAAUGCACGGGGCAGUGAUGUUUGGACGCGAGUUCUGCUACGCAAUGGAAACAGCCCUGGUGACACCAGUGCUGCUGCAGAUAGGUCUUCCUGAGCAAUAUUACAGUUUAACCUGGUUCCUCAGUCCUAUCCUGGGUCUCCUCUUCACACCUGUGAUUGGCUCAGCCAGUGACCGAUGUACUCUGCGAUGGGGCCGGAGAAGACCAUUCAUUCUGGCCCUGUGUGUAGGUGUGCUGCUGGGAGUGGCGCUGUUCUUAAAUGGAUCAUUAAUAGGCCUUUCUGUUGGUGAUAGUCCUAGCAGCCAGCCAAUAGGCAUAGUCCUCACUGUAGUUGGUGUGGUGGUGCUGGAUUUCUGUGCCGAUGCCUCUGAGGGACCAAUCAGAGCUUACCUUCUUGAUGUUGCUGACACUGACGAGCAAGAUAUGGCCCUAAAUAUUCAUGCUUUCUCGGCUGGGCUCGGCGGAGCAGUGGGCUACAUGCUAGGUGGUCUAGACUGGACUGGCACAGCUCUGGGCCGAGCAUUUAAAUCACAGGAACAGGUCCUCUUCAUGUUUGCAGGCAUCAUCUUCAUUAUCUCUGUCACACUGCACAUGCUCAGUAUCCCUGAGCAACCUUUAGCUCCUUCCAAUCAGCUUAAAGUCACAGGAAGUGGGGAGUCUACCAGCCAGUUGUCUUUCAGGGCCGUUGGUCACACUCCACCUUUACUUGAUGUGAUUGCAGAGGAGGAUGCUUCAGCACGAGCUCCGUCCCGAGAGGGCAACAGAUCAGAUCCUGAGGAAGGAGAAAUGGACUUCCUUGCUGUGGAGCGAGUGCGGAGUAAAAGUGAUUCAGUCUUAGCCAUGCCAGAUGCCACAAUUGAGUUGGAUUCUGACCUCGACCCAGAUACACAAUUUUUCCAGCCAGAGGUGCAUCGCUUGCAGCGAGAGCUAGAAGAUGAUUAUAAGCCAUCAGACCACAGUAUUGGGCCUUCGUCUACUUCCGGUGGACCACCCGCCCUUACUGAUGGGAUGGUGGUCUUAGAGCCUACAAAUCCAGCUUGGCCUGAGCUUAGGGGUCCAACAAACGGCCCUCCUUCUCUCCUUCAGAUCAGUUCUGGCUCAGAGGACUCACAUCUGAAAACACAGCAGGUCAAGGCUGUCAAUGGUGUCAAUGCUGGCUUGUCCACUUCUGACCACUCCAAUGAAAUGAAAAGCCAUGCCUCCAGUAGGCUGCCGAGCCGGCCCUCCAACACCUUAGUUUCAUCACGACCACACCCACACACCUUCUACAGACAGCCCUCCUUCACUUUCUCCUACUAUGGACGAGUGGGAUCACAGCGCUAUCGACUGCGAAGGACAGCACCAUCAAGCCCUCGGCCGAUUACCACCUCCCAAAGUUUGAAUGACCUGAGUAAACUCCAGCGGUGUGGGGACAGGCGGGAGUUGCAGCUGUCAGCUAGCAGUCUGUCAUCUGAGGGCUCCAGCAGUGAGGGAGGACCAGACAAGGGUACAACUGUUCGACUGCUCUGGUUAUCCAUGUUGAAGAUGCCUAGGCAGCUGUGGAGAUUGUGUGUGUGUCACCUCCUCACAUGGUUCUCCAUUAUAGCUGAAGCUGUGUUUUACACCGAUUUUAUGGGGCAAGUCAUCUACCACGGAGACCCCACGGCACCAGCCAAUUCCACAGAGCUACUUAACUAUCACAAAGGAGUACAGAUGGGCUGCUGGGGACUGGUGGUCUAUGCUGCUACUGCUGCUGUCUGCUCUGCAAUCCUUCAAAAGUACCUGGAUAAUUUUGAUCUGAGCAUUAAGAUUGUCUACAUUGUUGGAACUCUGGGAUUCUCAAUAGGAACUGCUGUUAUGGCAAUCUUCCCUAAUGUUUAUGUUGCCAUGGUGAUGAUCAGUAGCAUGGGCAUCAUCUCCUUGAGUAUCUCCUACUGUCCCUAUGCAUUACUCGGGCAGUACCAUGAAAUCAAAGAGUACAUUCACCACAGUCCAGCAAACACUAGAAGAGGUUUUGGUAUUGACUGCGCUAUCUUAUCCUGCCAGGUCUAUAUCAGCCAGAUUCUGGUUGCAUCGGCCCUCGGCGCUGUGGUAGACGCAGUUGGCAGUGUGCGUGUCAUUCCUGCAGUGGCCUCUGGGGGCGCCUUCCUUGGCUUCCUUACUGCCUGUUUCCUCGUUAUUUAUCCUGAUAUGGAGCCCACCAGCUUAGAGAAGGGCUUGGUGGGUUUACCUGGAGAUUCAGACCCAAAUGGAGGAAGGACCAGUGACCAGAGAUUGGCUCUGCUGAGUCUCACAGAUGGAGAUAGUCUAAAGAGGACAGACAAUUAAUGACUCUGUUUAGGUUUCUUCUCACUAAGCACAGGCCACAGCAUGUGAGGGUUAAACCAAAUGUCUGUUUUUUUCUGAAGAAGGAAAGAGGAAAAACAUGGCAGAACAGUUGACUCCCAUCUACAGAUAUCUGGGUGGGAUGGAUUUGGAUGGAUAAUAUAUUUUUGGAGUAGAAGACUGAUAAGAAGAAACAGUCUCUGGGCUGCUAUGUUUGUCUUAUUGCUACCUCAACCCUAAAAACAAAUGGAUGGCUAGAUGGAUGGAAGUAAGCCAUUAAAACACAAAGAGACACGUACCAGUGACUUGGCGAGACUGUUGAAGCUCAGACUACUGAAACAAAUAUAAGCCUUUAUUGCGAAAAACAUAAAUGGAAAGCACACAGAGCACUUUCUGUCUCACUCCUGAACAGUAUUGUCACACAGAUGCUGCGUAAAGUGUGAUAUUUUAAUUCACAGAAGCUGCUCUAUAUACUGCUUAAUGGACAAUCAUAGUGCUGCAAAAUAUGCACCUCUGCAUUACAUGUAGACUGAAUAUGUUAAUAUUUGUUCAUGUCUGUUAAUAGAAUACCUUGAUAUUAUAUUGUUAUUUUAUAAAUGCCAGAAAGUUUCCAAACUACAGGUAAAGCAUUCAACGUUUGUUGCAGACAUAACAGUUCCUACACUUUUUAUUCACAUUUAUGAUUUUGGUUACAUAGCAAGCUAGUGUGCAGUUAGAAGUGCCCUUUUAUGAUGAUUUGAUAACUCUUGCCUGUACUGAAAAUGACAAAAAUUCUGAAAGAAACAUUUUAUCAUAAUGUAGUUAAGAAAUUAAACCAGCAGCUGUGACAAUGUAUUUUUGGCACUAUGGUUAAGUCUGCAGAUGGAUCUGUUAUCCACGUUCCUUUAUUCAAAUUACAAACCAAUUGCAGUGCAAAGUGUUUCUCAAUGAAGACAGAUUUUGCAUUGCAACUACUGUAAAUAUACACUGUAAAUGGUAGUGUAUCAUCUCUCAAAUUUGACCUCAAGUAGUGUUAUGCUUCAGUGUGAUUUGUAUUAGAUGAUGGCAUUUGUUUUGUUUUCUAUUGAAAAAAAGUGUUUUGAAAUAUACAUUCCAAAUACAGGUGACAUAGUUGGAUAGAAAUGCUCUGAUGUUAAAGGGGAUUGCAGUUUUUGUUUUUACUUUGUAUUAGAAGCAAAAUUACACUAGCCCACAUUAGUUUAGUGUGCCACGCUCAUCAUUUGACAGCUGUGAAACUGUCCUACAGUAAGGACAAAUAAGAAGAUAAAUACCUCCCAUACUGCAAGGCUUCAGUUUACAUCAGAAUAACAAACAUGAGAGGUAGCACAGAGUCUGUGGAGGAGUAUUGUGAACAUGUAGCAGCAUGCAAGACAAUGUUUAACAUACUCCCUACUCCUCACACUUUAACAUAUUGGCAGUGUCAUAAACGGAGUGCAGUAUACUAAGUUUAAUAAGCUAUACAGACCUAUGCCAGUCCUAAUUGGACAGCAUAGUAUGUCCUUUUUGAAGGCUUAUCUUCAGUAGAACUCCAUCACUCUGAAUAUUAGACUUGGUGCAAAUGCCCAGAGCAGCCUUAAGUUUCACUAAUAAGAGCUUUAUUUCUUUAAUUGUGGAGGUUUACAUGGUCUGAAACUGUUUCAGAAACCUGUAAUGCUGCAUGUUGAAUAGUAGAGAGGACCGCUUCUAUGCAAGGCCAACAACUGAUCUUUGCAAAUUUGCAACCAUUACCAAGUGAACCUUAAAGAAAAGCACAGGACCUUCUCAUUCACUUUCCUCCUUAAAGGAUUGUUCAAGUCAGAGUGAAAACAGCACAAGCAUGAAAGGUGUCUAUCGUUGUUGCAACCUUGAGGCUUUACUUUGUUUAUGGGCAAUGCCAACACUGUAUUUGUUGUUUUGGACCUUGUAUCCUGGCAGCUUUGCCAUUGCUUUGCCUGUCAUGUCAGAAAAGUGUCUUCUAUGGUGUGAUUGCUUUCACUGAGGACUUAAGGCCUCCUUAUUUACAAGCACUACAAAGGGAUCAAUCUGUGGAUUUUUGCAUGAGAUAUUGAAGGGAAAGUGUUGAGAGAACUAAUGCAAAAUGAUAUAAACAAUCACUAAUAUCCCUGUAAAUAAUGCAGAGAUUCUGCUUGUGUGUGACAUGGGCUGUGUGCCAUUGUGUUCCUUGGGAAUUGUACUGGGCCUGUUUUUUAAAAAGCACCUGUUGACAAGAGGUUAGGGUAUAUAAUAUUGUUAGUUUUUGGAGCUAUAUAUUUUGCUAGUAUGUUUUCCAAGCAAUAUGAGGUACUUAUUCUUUGUUAAUCAAAAUAGAACAGUCAUGGGAUCUGUAGACACGUUAAAACGUUAUUUUUCACUUUUCUAUCAGAGGACCAGUAAACAGGCAGGUUAACCAAAUCCUCUUUUUUACAUACAGCUUUGAUGCCUUUUACAUUAACUUAGUUCAAUGAGUAAUUUCACUUUAGCUGGUCUAAAUGUUUCAGAGAUGUUUCCAUCUUACGAAGAAGCUUUUCUUGGGGAAUAACUCCAUUUUUAGUGCCAAACUACUGUAGAAGAACAGUUUCUUGGAACAGGCCCCCUGCUUAUUGAAAUUGUUUUGAUUUUAUACAAAUGUUAAUAAUUUAUGAAUGAUAUAUUUUAUGUUUUGGUUUGAUUUUGUGAUUUUGGUUCUUUUUUGCUGCUGCUGGCAGACUUGUACAAUGUAGACAAGGUAUUUUUGUACCAAUUAUUUAAAAAAAAUACAAUGAUUGCACCUUCA